AUGGUUUCUCAAGACCAAAGUAAGGACUCUGGCUCAAAAAAAAAUGGAGGUAAGGAGAUUGGAAUGGUAACUCCUCAAGACAAGUCCUUGAAGAAGAUGAAGUUUGUUUCAUCUGCUGAGACAAAACCAGCCAGCACGACAACAAUUUCUGAGGAUUCAAAGUCAGGUCGAGGUAUAAGCACAAUGCCUCGUGUUGUGAAGAGAAAAUAUCAGAAAAUCAAGCCAGUUGUUGAGUACAAUUAA